AGCGCUCCUUCGUAGGUGCUCCACUCUGUGCGGAUCUAUCUGAUAAUCAAUGCGGGACCUAGUUGUCGGGAUGAUGUAAGGCGCAACACUCAUGUGGGAUUGUAAAUGGCUACAUUUUCCACAAUAUUGAAAGUCCACUCUCCAGUGAACCCAGCCUCUCGUGGUACUAAGCUUCGGAUGACGGGUUUUCUGCGCGGGGUUCUCAACGUGUAUACCUUUCUUCAUAGUGAUCCCCUGCUUUCUUGGUAUAACUUGCAUUCAAAACUAGAAUCAAAAUCCGAGCGCGCAAUUUCGGCAAUAAGAAAUAGGGGAUUGCCGGAAUGAAUGCGAUACCGUGGACAGUCCCAGGCGCGUGAAUGUCAUGAUGAAUGACUGUGUGCAGGGUCUAUGUGCGUUUUUUCU